AUGAAUCACAAGAACUGGAAGCCCGCUUGGAUACGCGGUAACAAGUUCGAAGACAUCGUCUGGAUAACGAAGGACGUUCUAGCAUGGUGUUCCGGUAUUCUCAUCGUGUUCUUCAACAUCAGUCAGAGGAAACAGAGUUUUUACUGGUGCUGGAAUCACGACACUGGAGAGGGCGUCCGGUGUCUCUCCGCUCACAAGACACUGUCCGUGUUCGCCUUCGCGGAGAAGAUCAUUCAACCGAGAAUCCUCGUCUUCGCUUACCCGUCGAUGUCGAAAAUUGCCGAAUGUACCGGUGGAUGCGCUUCCGGAUACUUAACCACUGCAUUUGCCCAGGGAGAUCACUUGAUUUCCAUUGGAUCGUAUCCUCUCUUUAUGAUGACCAUUUGGAAUUGGAGAACCGGCGAGAAGAUUAUUUCCGUGAAUACCUUUAUACGCGACGAGGUUGGACAGAUCUUGAAGAUAACUCAGAUCGGACCCACCGUUGUCGGCCAAUUGGGCAGAACUUGCGGACAGUUGUACACGUGGGAAGUGGAUAUCGCUGGGAAAGUCGCCAUUCUGAAAGCCGACGAAUCAUUGGCAAUGGCAACUCUGCAAAAUUCACUCGACGUUGCUUUAAGAUUCUUCAGUCUCCAAGUAAACUAUCCUAAUUUUCGUAUUCUAGAUCACGAGAUAAAGCUUCCGAGAGAUGCGUCGAUCCUGUGGGCAGACUGGAGUCCAACGUCUACGGAACCGCUGCUAGCCAUCACGGACGUCGAUGGCCACGUCUUUCUCAGCAACUUAGACGGCAGUAGCAUCAAUCGUAUCGUGUAUUCCCAACGAUGUGACAUCUGCACGGACGUGGAAUUGCCGAUAGUCGCCUGGUUCCGAGAGGGUAUUGUCUUACGAACGACCUUCUGUCAAAUUUGUUUCUUCACGAGGAGCCCGAGAAUGAGUUUGUGGCGAAAGGAAUGGUACGUGAAGUCAGAAACGAGGCCGUACGUUCUGGCGACUCUUCCGUACGAAAAUCGAUUCUUCUACUCCACGUUAGAAGGAUAUUUGAUGCAGAUCGAUUUCACCGAAGACGAUGCGGCUCCUAGAGUUCUUAUGGUUCUCAAUUACGGCGCUGCCUAUCGGUUCGCGGACUUUAUCUAUCCCUGGUGCCAUCAUCUCGUUGUCAUUUGCGAUGCGAAGAAAGAGUUGAUCGUCGUCGAGUGUUACGAAGGAAAACCGUUAUCUUCCAUCGAUCUGGAAACAGAAAGCGAAAUUACUUGUCAAGUUUCACAUCCAGACUUUCCGCUAAUCGUGUUGGGAACGGAAAACGGCGAAGUGGUGUUCGUUACCUUUGUCGAACCGAUGGAACCUAGGAUCGUAGCUCGAGUGAGGCUGCAGAGAACGCCGAUAGAUUUGAUCAAGUUUUCAAACACUGGAAGAUUCAUGAUCGCUGGCGAGAAAAGAACCGGCAACUGUUACUGCGUAAGUCUUCAGCGCGACAAGAUGUACACCCCGAUAACGUUGAUCAGAGUUCGUCGCAUGAUCACGGAUCUUCUGAUCUACGAAGGAUUCAGGCAGCUGCGAGUCCUUGUUCUUUACGUGGGCGCGAAACAUUACAACAUAGGACAGAUCGUGGACCUGUACGAAGCGUGGCCGGAGCAAAAUUUGAUCACCGAUUCCGUACAGUCGUUGAAGCUUCCUGGCGUGUAUCGUACUCUCUAUCACGUCCCUGGAAAUCCGAUGUUGCUCGUAGGAUCUCCUUAUAUGACGCGUCAAUUACGAGUGCAGAGGGUGCAUGAUUUUAAGCAAAUCUUACUGGAGGACGGUUUAGCGACGGGACAUCAGGUUAAGCUGGCUAAUUUGUACGUCGAUCGGUCAUGGAUCAUUACCGCUGCUCUCGAUGGAUGCGUCUUGGUCAGAGAUAAAACGGUACGACGAGUGGUGGCGCAUAUCAUGACGCACCAUAGGUCCGAUUUGGGUACGAUCAAGGCUAUGGCGAAUAGACAAGGCGACUUGAUCGUUUGUUUGGGCUACGAUGGCUCGUUGGUCGGUAUCGUUGGAGAAAGAAAGGAUCUCUCGCAAUCAGGAGUAACCUCCUCCAAGGAACCGCUGUACAAAGCCGACUACGAAGUUUACGAAAGGCUGAAGAAAAAGAUCCAGUCGGACUACGCCAGCCUCGACCCUACGAUUUACGAUUUAUUAACGCGUCCAAAGUACGAGUUCCCCGAUCCAAAACAGGGUGACAAGACCUGGUCGGACUGGAGGGACGAGGUACAGCUGAAAGAAGAGGAAGAAAAAUGUAAGGAAGAAAGAGCAGCAAUUUUGGCAGACUUCGAAGUCCUACGAGGCAAGGUGAAAGAGUUACUGGAUGCGAACGACGCCAGUCCGGAAAUAGAGAAACUUCCUGUGUCGUCCUUCGAUCUAGAUCUCACCAACCGUGAUCAGAAGUUGAAAGCAGGCCGUGACAUCUGUGAAAAUCUUCGUUUGGAGCUCGAGCACAAUAUCUCUGAGACGCGCAGAGUGUCAAAAUGGAUUCGCAAGGUUUUCUGGGACCCUCAACAGGUUCUGGGGAAAUGUCUGUUCGCCAUUUUGGGUACCAUACAGGUUACCAAUUAUCCCGAGUUCUCCGAAGCGACAGACGAAAAAUACCACUUCCAGUGGGCAAAUUUUUGCAAGAAAACCGCCGAUGAUAUUUUGGAGGACGAUAAGUUUGAACCUUGGAGGAUUUAUACCGCGGAAGAGCUACAAGUCGAACUAAAUAAGAAGCAGAAGGUGUACUACGAGAGAAGAUUGGAUUUGUUGCUCGAGAACUAUGACGAUCAGGAGGAACUGGAGGAAGAGAAGGUAGCCAUUGUCAAGGCAGACUUGGAGGAACAAAGGGCGAUGCAAGGCACGACUACGCACCGAUACAUCGAACAGUCACCUUAUUACCCUCAAAUUGGAUAUUACGGAUUCGGCCAGGUGAUGAUAAACAAUCACUUGCUGUUGCACGACUGCAAGAAACUUCGCGCUUUCUUCAAUCAGACGUUCGAUGAAGUGUAUGCGACGAAGGAGAGGGAGAUGAAGGUGAUACGCGAGAGGAUCGACAGGAUACGUUAUAUCGACAAGGAAUUGAGGACCAUGUUCGACCGACACGUGCCACACAUCCCUGCUGAUCCUGUUUGGCACUGGCAGGAAAGGCCGGAGAGCAUUAUCGAGGUGCUGGAUCACGAGGUGAAGGCGAAACCGUACGUUUCCCCGUCGCAGCAAGAAUUGUUGGACAAGCAGGCGGCGGAGGAAGAACGAAUCAAAUUAUUGUCGCUGGCUGACGAUUUUCGCGAGCGUGCCCUAAUGACGAUGAUGGACGGCGUGCUGGAGGUCCGAUGGGAGGACACUAUCAAGAUAGACGUCCCCAAGCCGGCUUGCAUGCUCGAGAAGAAGCCGGAAGACUAUACGUCCGAAGAUAUAUCGGCGGUGAAACAGUACGAGAAAGACGUGCAAUUCCUUAUGGAGGAACGCGAGCGGUACAACAGGAUGUUGGAGGCGGAGUAUGGAAGGGUCAUGGAGCUUUUGAAUGAUGGGAUUGACAAGUUCAAUGGGAAAUUGAUUAAACUAUUUCACUUCAAGAUGAAUAUCGAAGCAGCGAUAAAUCAGUUGAAUCUACGAUAUAUCCGCGGUUUGAUCCUAAUCCAUCGUCGAAUGCAGGCCUUGCAGGAAGAGGACAAACUGAAGAGGCAAAUCGUGGAAAAAGAACAAUAUCAGGAAGUACUAAACGAUCAUCUUAACAGUUUUCGCCGUGUUAACGACGAAAUGGUCGCUAAAUACGGAUCCCUCGUGAACAAAGAAAAAUCUAUAGCCAAAAAGUUCAGAUCCGAAUUCUUUUCUCUGAACAAAUUGCAAGUCGAGCUCCUCGAACAUCAGUACAAUCGCAGACCGAGAAUAAAUACGAAAAAUCUCGGGGCUUCCGACCUCUACGAUUUAGCGAAUCACGUAAUCUCCCGAUUGCCGUGCGUUUACUUGCCAUCGGAAUGUAAAGAUUACCUGAGGAUCUUGAAUCAUUUGGACGUUCGACCAGUUAUUCUUCCAGCGACCAUAGAAACUUCCCACUGGGAAGACUUGAUUCGUCUGCGACGUACCAAGAUCGAUCUCGAGUUGAAGAUCAAGGGACAGCAGGCGGAGAUCGCGGACGUUGAGGCCGUGAUCCUUGGAUUCGAACAGAAGAUAGAGAAGUGCAAAGUCGACGUGGAAGAUAUGAAGAGGAGUUUGAUCGAAACUAGGAAAUGUCGGAGGAUCGAGGAGCUGGACGCGGAGAUACAGUUGGUGUUGAAGAUGGGGCAAGUGGAGAUCCGCUUCGAAGGAGACGUAAACGACGCGCAGAACGCGGUUCUUGUUUCGAAAACGGCUGUCGAAAACGUAAACGAGCUGAUUAGAGCUGCUGGCGAGUGCAAGCUGCAGGCUUUAUCUCGUCUGUUGAGUUUUCGGAGAGGUACUCUGUUGAAGCAAUGGGAGCACGAGUGUCAGAAGAAAAGUCUGGAGGAUCUGCGGGAGGACCUGAAGUUCACGGAAUCGGUAACGGUGACGAAAGAGAUGCAACGGUACCUGAAGCGCAAGGCCAAAGGGCUUCCAGAUGAGAAGACGCCGCAGCAAUUGGAGGUGGACAUCGCAACAGUGGAAGGACAGUUCGGUAGGAUCUUAGAGGACCACCAGGCUCGGCUGGAAUCGAUCGAAAAGGAGAUCGCCGCCGUCAGAAGCAAGAACGAGCAGCUCGAUCGGCAGAUCUUGGAGAUGAACGUGGCGAGGUGCGAGAUGGAGCACCGGCGCGAUCUUAUCGCCGAGGCCGGGCAGCGGGAGCACGCGGAGAGGAAGCUGCGGAUGGUGAUGCACCGAUCCGAACUGAUCAAGAAGCUGCAGGAUAAUUACGCCGAGCUGAUCGAGCUGCAAACCGAGCACGAACUGCUUAGACUCAGGCGAUACCCGACCUUCCAUUUCAGGAUGCUCGAUGAUAACGACGCGGAGAAGAAGGACGAGCUUCCAAAGUGUCCUUGUUAA